ACCGCGUAUAUGGUAUAAAUAUAUCGAAAAUUGUUUAUUAUUAAUUUUAUAUUACAUUCGCAAAAAUAUCACAGACUAUGUAUAGAGUUGCCUGUGGACUACAUAUGUACGUAUGUAUGUAUGUAUGAUCUGCAUACAUAAUCAUAAUGUACAUACCGUGAACCGCGAUUUCCUUAAGUAGAAAUGUAAUACCACGUGGAAAACAUAAAAGAUCUAGUCUUGCAACACAAAUUGUAACAAAAAUUUGUCAUUUUUCUAUCACAGUGGAAAAAAUAUUCGUAUUGUAUUUUUUAUGCGCACGUGUAUAUGUCUGUAGUUUAACCUAGUACGGUGCAUCAUGUAACGAGCAAAGACAGUAUGUAGUAUGCACGAAGGUAUUUUAUAAGUGUGUGCGAGUAUUAUAUGAUUGUACCUCACCGACGUAUACAGAAACAAUAACAUGAUUUAAAUGCUUCAAAUAAUUUUUCAAUUUCAUUUUUUAUUCGUGAUUUUUCGACGCCGGCACACGUUGGGCCGUAAGUCCUAUAAAAUCGAAGUCCUACGAAAAUAUUCAUGCUAGCAACAAAUGAAAUAAAUAAAAAUUAAUAAUUACGAAAGGUAAUAGGAAUGUAGUUUUUUAUGGUGCAAUCAAUUUGUAAAAUAAAUAAUUUAUUGGACUGAGACAGUGACAAAAUAAAAAUGACGGAAGAAAGGAAAAUAUUACCAACAAAUUCAUUAACAGUGGAAGAACUAUUACAAAAUAAAGGCAUUAAAUGCAGUGCCUGGGAUGAAUACGAAAGGUCUGUCAGAACUCUUCCCAAGACUGGUAUGAAGCAAUUUGAGCCAGACGACUCUUGGUUGCAAAAUAUGCAAAUUGAGAAGGGUCUUAAAUCCUGUAAAAAUUUAAUAGCUGUAGAAAGAGUAGACCGUAUUUCGCAAUUAGCUAGCGCCGAAUGGUUGCCUGCAAUGAAAAGAGCUAGAGUGAAAAAGCAUUCUGGUCAGGAUUGGGGUAAUUUUGGUUUGGAAAAGAAUUGUGCCUUAUAUUUGUUGCCAGAAGAAGCACUGUUUCUACUAGAAACUAACUGUUUGGAACUUACUUGGAACGAUGUACCAUUGUCCAUUCAACAGGCUCAUGAACUUUUAAUUGAUAAUGUUGAGUGUACGCUAGAGGAAUACAGAGUUUACAGUCAUUUAGCACGUUACGGUUACCGUAUACAGCGAUUUAUUUAUGACCCUGACAAGAAUAUAAAAAAUGAUGAAAGUAGCAACGCUAAACGUAAGGUCAUUGUUGAACCUGAGAAUGGUCUUUGGAAACAGACUAAUUCUGAUACAGAUACAAGAAAUGAAAAGCCUAUUAAUGAGCAGGAGAGUACUCCUGCAUCUACUAAUAGUUUAAUAGAAGUUUGUCAAGAUCUAAAUGAACCUACAGACAUGGAUGACAUACAUAAUGUCAUGAACGAUCUUAUCACCGCAGUAGAAAAUGUUGAAAGCGAAAAGAGAGAUACGGAAAAUUGUCUAUCGCUAGAUAAUAACGCGUCUCCAGGAAAAAAUAAUCAGGAUAAAAGGAAACGAAAUUCUAAAGUCGAGAUAAUAUCGGAAGAAACGUUACUAGGCAGUAUUAAAAUUGUUACAGAUUCGAAAAAUAAUUGUACACAAGGAAAUAAUUCGAUGGCGGACUGGCGGUCAGCGCGCAUACAGCGGAAUGUUAAAUUAUUGCCCAAAAGAACCGAAGUUAGAAAAGUACUUUUACCUACUCCUGAUACUUCUAUGCUUGAUACUAAUACCAAAAGUUUAGAGUGCAGUCUGAGAAAACAUAAGUCGUCUUCCCCAACUAGGGAGGAGUCUCCGAACAAAAGGUCAAAGCAUGAGGUCAUUGAACUUUCCGACGACGAAGUCGAAGAAGUACCGCAGCCUAUGUCGCGGAUGGAGUUAUUGAAUUUAAUUCCAAAUAUUGCAUGUCAACAAACUGUUGUAGUGAAAAUUUCAAGAGCUUACAUACCGCACAGUGUGAAGCCUCAAAAUAAUGUUUACCAGUAUAAAAGCGUCGAGUUAAGAAAUUUACAGCAAACAGAUAGAAAGUUAAAGCAGUCUAGUAGUAAUGCGUCGACAAGCAAUAACGUUAGAAGGAACACGCAUGUUGCUACGUUGAAUCGUAAUUUAGCAACGAAUGUACACAACGUUUUUAUGGAAGAUUACUUCUCUAUGGAACGUGGACAGUACACAAAUUUUAAUACCAAUUAUAUGUACAAUAACAGAAUGCCGUUUGCAUACAGUCAGAACUCAUUCUGGCAGCAUAGGAAUACUGUAUUUCAAAAUAUAUUUAUUGAAAAUCAUAGCGCAGCGAUUCAGAACAGGUUUAUGCCAAGAAGAAUGUAUCACCAAAGGAUCGUAGCAAAUAUGUCGUUUCAUUAUAGCGUAGCCAAGAACAUAUCGUUACCUGAUCCUCGUCAAAGGUAUUGGCCACGUAAUUACUAUAGAAAUACUAAUAAUCAUUCGUACCAAAAAGACGAAGUCAAUCAAGCAUCGUUUAAAGUGCUACCAGGAGCAUCUUCCUGGUCAGAAUUAAAAACCAAGUGGCGCGAAGAGAAAACGAUCACUAUCGAUGACGAAGAUACACACAAAGACGAAGAGCACGAUGAGAUACAGGUUGUUGGGCGAUUAAGAAAUCCGCUAUGUGGACCGAAGAAUGCAAGCACUCUAGAAGAAGUUUUCAGUAAGCUUAAAAUAAUCAAGUCCAUGCCCGAAAAGACUGUAAGAAGAAAAAAGAACAGAUACAAGAUAUCGUAUAAUAUCUAUUCAAACACGCAGAGUUACAGGAAAGCGAAUCCUGGUCCACCGCUCUACCGAAUAGUCGUAAUAAAACAAGAUGAUCCCUUCGUACAACCAAUCGAGUUGCAUCGUUUGGUACAAGAUGCAAACAACUCACCAAUAAUGUUAGCCUGUGUUUCCAUGUCAAUUUCAUACAUUCAGCCUGGAUUUGUAUGUAUACCUAAUUUAACGUAACUUAAAUAAAAUUUUUAAUUCGGUUUAUUUACACUUUAUAAUUGGUUUGUUUCAUUUUAUGCUAUUGCUCUGAUCUUUUAUCAAGCUAAUAUAUAUUUUUAUAAUAAGCUAGUAUUUAAGAACUAUAUAGUACGAACAAUUAAUGUUAUUAGUACAAUAAUUUUUAUAAAUAAAUAUUACUACAAAUAAUUAAUACAGGAUAUAGGAAAUGCGGGAACGUACAGUACACAAAUAAUGUGUGUUUCGAACUUUAUUAUAAACGUUUCAAGUAACA